AUGACGGGCAAAUCAGAACUGCGGCCAGCGACUGCCGUCAUACCCAUUUGGGAAAACCACGCCACGCGCGAUGCUAUUCAUAUCCACGCCAAGCCUGAUCAGGAAAGGCCGAUGGCUGCCCAAGGCUCGCAGGUUGCCCUUCCAACGGCGGAAAGAGUGCAGGAAAACACGCCUGCCUAG